UCCAAAGAAAUCCAACGAAGAAGAACAAACCAACAACAAAUCUCUGGAAAAAUAUCUAGUGUUCCUGAAUCUUGUGGAGAUAUUAAUUUGGAGCAUUUUCCGAAUGCAUAAUAGUUAAUGUAAGUGAUGUGUAAUAUGCAGUAAACUUUAUUGGAUUGAGUGUCAUAUGGGCCUUAAAUGUAGGAAAAGUUAGAAAUGUCUGAAGACUCGUGAUGUUGCUAACAUCAGUUUGGCACGUGUUGGCUAACGUUACAAUGUAACGUUGCUUGACAUAAAGUGUCAUCUGAAGUUAUACAAACAAUGGUAGACCCUGAACAAAGUAUCUAUUAUCACAGCCUCGAUUUCGAGAUUUCAGUGUAAAGUUACUCGUUACGCGUUACUCUGCUCGCCAAGAUAUAGCUGAUGGAUGUGUCCGACGGCGUCACACAGAUGGACUUGACAAAUGGCCGAAAGAGGAUGGAUACAGUUGACAGUGGCGAUUGUGUAACAUCUGCAAUGGACGUCCACGGUGAACCAGGGGAGGAUGCUUUAGCUGGAAUCCGCAUGUGCGGGCCGACGCCUCUCUUGUGGCGUGUUACCGAUCUAAAGAUUGCUCGACAAACCGGGGUCAUAGGGUCUUUGGUGGGCUCGCUUGCGCGACAGCCACGACAGAACACUCGGCUGGGUCGUCCGCUGGAACUUUUGGACGAAGAAGCACGUCUGCUAGCCGAAGAGGGGAAAGCAAAAGUCUUAGUAACAAGAAAUGAAGAGAGAGCAGAGGACCACUUGGAGCGAGUUGAGCAGUACCAAGAGGACCUUGAGCGCAGUCACAAAGUGCAAGGUGCUCUUGCACUCCAGGACAGGAAAGCGGUUCUAGAAAGGGUCAUGAAUGACUCACAGAAUGAGGUCUCGGUGCGGGAGCGCUUGGAGGCUCUGGAGCGGGACUUCUCUCUUCCUGUGUCUGCCAUGACCAUUCAGAUGUGUACUGCCCGAGCGGGUCUCAGUUACCACAGCGACGAGCGAGACUUCCUGGCCGCCAGCUGGCCCGUGCAGCAGGACGAGCGCUCACAGACGAGAUUCGUUGUCUACAGGGACCUGCGCAGGAGAGGGUUCUGCCUGACCUCAGCAGGAAAGUUUGGUGGAGACUACCUGGUGUACCCUGGUGACCCUCUCCGUUUUCAUGCUCAUUUCAUUGCCCUCUGUGUUGCUAUGGACACGGCAACUCCUCUCUGCGACAUCUUGGCGAUGGCCCGACUCGGCUCAAAUGUGAAGAAGACAGUAGUGCUUUGCUCCCCCUGCGCUACACAACAGCAAUCAAACGAGAAGGAACAGGAAGAGAAGGAAGAUGAAGAAGAAAGAGAUGAAGGUGAUGAUGAUUACGAAGAGGAGGAAGAUGAAGUGGUGUACACAUCCCUGCAGUGGAGUGGGAUGAGCUGAGAGCACCGCGAACUGGCCACAGACCUGGUGCAGUUGUCACAGACGACCACUUGGAGCGAGAAUAGAAUUCUGCUGGGCCUCCAUUUUCUCUUUAGAAUCUGAUUAUGAUCUGAGCAAUUGGAUUUGCACCAAUUGAGACAUCCUACAUGUGAAUACUGAGGACAUUCCGUAUACAAAAUCUGUUCAAAAAGAACUGGAUGCCGUUCAGUUUGAAUCAUCUCUUAGCUCCUAUAUGGAUUUAAUCAGGCUUUGCCUCUGAUAUGCAAAACAUUGCAGACUGGACUGAUUUUGUUGAUAAAUCUAUUCACAAAUAAUGACACUUCACAGUGCACAGUACACAGAACUAUGUAUGGCUCUGUCAUGUCUUGGACCAAUAAGCCUUAAAAUGUCAUUUUGGUGACCGAUAUGCCCAGCCAUCUAUCAUACUGUCUCAUGUACAACUACAGCAUAAUAAAAGCAAUGGUGAAAUGCA